ACUGCAAGUGUGAGCCGAGGAAGAAGGGCAGCCUGGGGACAAUUUCUCGAGUGAAAUAUCGCAAAAAUAGCUUUUCGCGCUAUUCGAGAAUGGCUCAAAUAACGAGCGAAGGGGGUGAACAGGAUCCUCAGCCGACGUCGGAUCAAAACGACACCGGUGAAACAGCAGAAACCGGCAAGGAGGGACAGGCCGCGCCGGACCCCAAACAGGAACCGGGCGACUACUACGAGAACAGAGCAGGAAUGGACGUGAACAGUGGUAUUGGUCUGGUGGAGCACAGGGACAGCACGUCUCCUGAUCCCGACUCCAACAAAGAAACGGCGUUACUGACCGAAAAAACAACCGACGAUGAAGGGGAACCUUGCAGUAAACUCUCUGAACCGGGGAAAAGUCCCGUACAGGGGAGUUUGGCGAGUAGCACUGAUUCCGCACAAGAGGGCUCCCGGGUGCUUAAACAAGAACAAAGAGAGGGGGAGAACGUGUCCUCCUCACCGCCGAUCGACCGCACAAAGACCGCAGAGAAAGCCGAUCAUGGCACCAAGAGACGGGCCAGCGUGGAACUGACCUCAUCGGAUGGAGAGCCUUUAAGUCGAAUGGAUUCAGAAGACAGUAUCAGCAGCACCCUCAUGGACAUGGAGAGCACGGCAUCCAGUGGACGCUCAACCCCGGCCAUGCUCAACGGUCAUGGUGGGGGCACAGUGACGGGCAGUGGCCUGGUGCCUACAGCUGGCAAGCCUUUGAGCUACACGUGUUGCUGGGAUCAGUGCCACCUGCUGUUUCCCAGUAGCCCUGACCUGGCCGAACACAUCAGAGCCACACAUGUGGACGGGCAGAGAGGAGGGGUGUUUGUGUGUCUGUGGAAAGGCUGCAAGGUGUACAACACACCAUCCACCAGUCAAAGCUGGCUGCAGAGACACAUGCUGACCCACAGUGGGGACAAGCCAUUCAAGUGUGUGGUGGGAGGCUGCAAUGCAACGUUUGCCUCUCAGGGGGGGCUGGCCCGUCACGUCCCCACUCACUUCAGCUCACAGAGUUCAUCGAAAGUGUCCAAUCAGGGCAAAGUGAAGGAGGAAUCUCCAUCCAAGGCUGGCCUCAACAAGAGGAGGAAACUCAAGAACAAACACAGACGCUCCCUCCCCCGACCUCAUGACUUUUUCGAUGCCCAGACCAUGGAUGCCAUCCGCCAUCGAGCCAUCUGUCUCAACCUGGCAACACACAUCGAGAGCCUAGGCAAUGGACACAGUGUGGUCUUCCACAGCACGGUAAUAGCAAGGAGGAAAGAGGACUCUGGGAAAGUGAAGGUCUUGUUACACUGGACACCUGAAGACAUACUGCCAGAUGUGUGGGUGAACGAGAGUGACAGACUGCAGCAGAAGACCAAGGUGGUUCAUCUGUCUAAGCUACCCACAGAUACAGCUGUACUCCUGGACCCCAACAUAUACAGGAUGUUCUUUUAACCACUUCCAGAGGAACUCCACUGUCACUUACUGCUAAUCCAACCUUGAGGAGGAGGAUUGUCUCCUUUUUCCUUUGUCUCCAUUUCUACAUUCCUCUUCCCCUUGCUUUCCAGACGAUGCUGAGAGUUUAGUGACUUAAUUCUCAUGGCUGUCUGAGGCCUCCACUGUUUUCUCCAUUAGGUGCUGAGUUUACUGAGAACAUGUAGGGGAUGUUGAGAGGGAGAUGUUGCUUGUUUUAGGUAACACAACUAGACUGAAAACUGACAGAAGUGUAACUGUAGACAGACACCUGUAGAGAAAAGCUGUCUUUGUAAAUACUUGAGAUUUGUAAUAUAUUUUUAUACUUUGAAGUUUUUUACUAUACUGUAGAUUGAUGUCUUUUUUUCUGACAAACAUUUUUAAGUAGAAAUUUUAAAACUGAUUGGUCAUGUGCAUAUAGCUGGGAUUGCUAUGGUUGAAUGUCAUUAAACUUUUCAA